UGCUCUUAGGAGUGGCUGAGCAGGUUCGGCUACCUGCCCCCUGCAGACCCCACAACAGGGCAGCUGCAGACACAGGAGGAGCUGACCAAGGCCAUCGCGGCCAUGCAGCGGUUCGGAGGUCUGGAGGCCACCGGCAUCCUGGACGAGGCUACCCUGGCGCUGAUGAAGACCCCGCGGUGUUCCCUCCCCGACCUCCCGGCCGCAGCACCAGCGCGAAGGAGGCGCCAGGCUCCAGCUCCGACCACGUGGAACAGACGGAGUUUGUCCUGGAGGGUCCGCACGUUCCCACGGGACUCGCCCCUGGGCCGCGACACGGUGCGCGCACUCAUGCACUACGCCCUCAAAGUCUGGAGCGACAUCACGCCCCUCAACUUCCACGAGGUGGCAGGCAGCGCGGCGGACAUCCAGAUCGACUUCUCCACGGCUGACCACAACGAUGCCUACCCCUUCGACGGCCCCGGCGGCACCGUGGCCCACGCCUUCUUCCCCGGAGACCACCACGCCGCGGGGGACGCCCACUUUGACGAUGACGAACCCUGGGCCUUCCGCUCCUCAGAUACCCAACAGAUGGACCUGUUCGCGGUGGCUGUCCACGAGUUUGGCCACGCCAUCGGGCUGAGCCACGUGGCGGCCACAAGCUCCAUCAUGCAGCCCUACUACCAGGGCCCAGUGGGCGACCCUCUGCACUACCGCCUCCCCUAUGAGGACAGGGUACGGGUCUGGCAACUGUAUGGCGUGCGGGAGUCUGUGUCCCCCACGGCGCAGCCAGACACCCUGGAGCCCGAGGAGCCUCCACUCCUGCCCGAGCCCCCCGACAAUCGGUCCAACUCCCCGCCCAGGAAGGACGUGCCCCACCGCUGCAGUACGGACUUCGAUGCUGUGGCCCAGAUCCGCGGGGAGGCCUUUUUCUUCAAAGGAAAGUACUUCUGGCGAUUGACACGGGAUGGGCACCUGGUGUCGCUGCGGCCCGCGCAGAUGCACCGGUUCUGGCGGGGUCUGCCGCCGCGCCUGGACAGUGUGGACGCCGUGUAUGAGCGUGCCAGCGACCACAAGAUCGUCUUCUUCAAAGGAGACAGAUACUGGGUAUUUAAGGACAAUAACGUAGAGGAAGGAUACCCACGGCCCGUCUCAGACUUCGGCCUCCCGCCGGGCGGCGUCGACGCUGCCUUCGCCUGGGCCCACAAUGACAAGACUUAUUUCUUUAAGGACGAGCUGUACUGGCGCUUCGAUGAGCACACGCGGCGCAUGGACCCCGGCCACCCCGCCCGGAGCCCCCCGUGGAGGGGCAUCCCCCGCACCCUCGACGAUGCCAUGCGCUGGUCUGACGGUGCUGCUUACUUCUUCCGCGGCAAGGAGUACUGGAAGGUGCUGGAUGGUGAGCUGGAGGCCGCCCCCGGGUACCCGCAGUCCACGGCGCGGGACUGGCUGGUCUGCAGAGACCCGCAUGCGGACGCGGAGGCAGCGGGCGGAGAGGCCAGGGCCCACGCCCAGCCGGGACAGCACGGCCAGAGCCGCGCUGAGGACGCCUUCGAGGUCUGCUCCUGCACCUCGGCCGCCUCUUCUCCCACAGGGGCCUCGGGCCCACUGCUGGCCGCCUCGCUGCUGCUGCCCCCGAGCGCCCUGUGGACAGCAGCCAGGGCCCUGGCACUCUGACCACCGCCAGCCUGCGAGAGGGCAGAGGGGCCACGGCUGGGGUCUCUCCGAACAUGGGCGAUGCCCCCACCCCUCCAGUGCCCGGACCAAGAGUUCCUGCAGCGCCACACGUGGCCUUGGGGCUCCAGCCUGGCGGAGAAGGACGCACUGCGGACUCCCAGCAGAGACCACCGGGUCGCACCCCCGACAC